AUUUAAUUACGCGCCGGCAUGACGUGCUCGGAGCCAGGUAGAGGAACAGGGAGUUGGCGAGGAAGGGGAACCAUUACGCAGAUUAUCAUGACAUCACCACGGGCUGCCUAUAAAGCGGUGAAGACUAAAACACGGAGUUAGAGGAGCACUUGAGAAGCUUUGGAGUAAAGGACGGAUUGAAGCUUCUUGUGUUUCACAGCUCACCGGCUGCAACCAUCCUGUCGUUCUGACGUUCACCGCGGAGGAAUCCCUCUCAUAAGACUUAUAUUAAACAUGAACUUGUCGUAUUUGGUAGCUUGUGGACUUAUGGUCACCCUGCUUUCGGUGCGGAUGGGGGCGAAACCUUUAUCUCAGGCGCAGCAGAAGACUCUUAGAAAUAUGGUGGGCGAAGAGCUGGCGGAGUUUUUGGAGUCGGAGGAGAGGGAGAGGCGGCUAGAUGCUGUGCGCUCUCGGAUGCGGUUACUGCGAGAAUUACGCGUGGACACCCGGGCUCGAGGGAUGUGGGCACGGCUGCUAAACGACCAGCCCGCACCGAGGAAACACAAAUCAGGAAACAAGAAAGGAGGAUCCACGUCGCGGAGUGGCUGCUUCGGACACAAGAUGGACCGAAUAGGAACCCUCAGCGGCAUGGGGUGCUAGGGCUGGACCGACGCUGUGCUGAUCUCUGGACGAUGGUUUGGAACAACUAGGGUUCAGUUUGUUCUCACCUGAGGGGGGAAAAAAAACUCACCAAGCAACGGAUUUUCGGUACGAAAGUCACCACGACCAGCAAAAAUAAGGACUGGGAUGACAAUGCU